GGGGCGGGGCGAGCUGAGCAGGCCGGGAAUGGUGGGGGCCGCUGCAGCCGGGAGCUGACUCGCUGCCCAGGUUGAAGAUAGCAGUAAUGCUAACGUUGGCAAGCAAACUGAAGCGGGAUGAUGGUGUCAAAGGGCCCCGUACAUCCAACCCAGCUUCUGAUUCUACUCGGAGAGUGUCUAUUAGAGAUAAAUUGCUUGUUAAAGAGGUUGCAGAACUUGAAGUUAAUUUACCUUGUACAUGUAAAGUGAAUUUUCCAGAUUCAAACAAGCUCCAUUACUUUCAGCUAACUGUAACCCCAGAUGAGGGUUAUUACCAAGGAGGAAAAUUUCAGUUUGAAAUUGAAGUUCCUGAUGCCUAUAACAUGGUGCCUCCAAAGGUAAAAUGUUUGACUAGAAUCUGGCAUCCGAACAUCACAGAGACUGGUGAAAUCUGUUUAAGGUAG